GUGUGUGGGAAGUGGAAGAUGGUCUGUGUGUCUGCGCAUGCGUCCACACUUCAGCCUGUGUGACAUACCUGGUGUCGUCUGAUCUCCUAGUUCAUUGCCCCAUUGUUUGUUCUGAUUGGUUAGUCAGCGCCCUGCCACACUGUUUUACUGCCUCUCUGCUCUGGCCUUGCUCUGUGUCUCAUUGACCAGGUCCAAAGAUCGCCGCCUGCUGUGUUUGCUCAAGCCCUUCGCCGUUACACUGAGGGGAUCUCGUUCUGCUUCCUACUUCCUGCUGUUGCCUGAACCUGUGCCUCCCCCAACCUCCCCAACCCUGGGUCUCCACCUGCUCUGCUCCUGCCUCUUACCAAGGAGCCUGUCGGGAGCCCGCCUCCCUUGGUCUGCGUCUCGCUGUGUGUAGGUGUUUGACCAGGCUGAAGUGAACGUUCUGUCUCCUGGAUGUAUUUAAGUGUUUUUGAAAGGAAGUGUCUACUGAGAGUGGGAAUCGAGCGUCAUUCGAGUUGCGGAAGGCCUACCUUCUCCCAACCGCUCUGGGGUUUUCCUGUUUGCGUUUGUGCCUGCGUUUGUUCUAGUGGUGGUUCCUGCUGUCAUAUUCUUCUCACUGAGGUGUAAUAUGGAACUAUUGAGCUGAACAUGGGCUCUCUACUAUCACGGUUAGGUCUGGAGUGUGGGGCGAAGGAGGUGAAAGAGGAGGAAAGAAACAUACGAGCAAAUGACAGAGAAUACAACUUGUCUUAUAAAUAUGCUAACAAUGCCAUCAAAACCUCCAAGUACAAUAUCUUCACCUUCCUGCCCCUCAAUCUGUUUGAGCAGUUCCAGAGACUCGCCAACGCGUACUUCCUCUUCCUCCUCUGUCUCCAGCUCAUCCCAGAUAUCUCGUCCCUGUCCUGGUUCACCACCGUGGUUCCUCUGGUACUGGUUCUAGCCAUGACCAUGGCCAAGGACGGCAGUGACGACAUAAACAGGCACAGGUGUGACAGGCAGGUGAACAACCGGAAAGUGGAGGUCCUCAUUGAUGGAGAACUGAGGAGUGAAAAGUGGAUGAAUGUUCAAGUCGGUGACAUCAUCAAGCUACAGAACAAUCAGUUUGUCACGGCCGACCUUCUGUUGCUGUCCAGCAGUGAGCCGCUCAACCUGGUCUACAUCGAAACAGCUGAGUUAGAUGGUGAGACAAACCUGAAGGUGAAGCAGGGUCUAACCGUGACAGGGGAGCUGGAGGAUAGCAUAGAGAAACUGGCGAGCUUCGAUGGCCAGGUCCGCUGUGAGCCCCCAAAUAACCGCCUGGAUAAAUUCACUGGCUGCUUGAGUCUGGAUGGUGCGAUGUACUCCCUGGAUAAUGAAAAGAUCCUUCUGAGAGGAUGCACGCUAAGGAACACUCAGUGGUGCUUUGGCCUGGUCCUCUUUGGAGGUCCAGACACCAAGCUGAUGCAAAACUGUGGUAAAACCACAUUCAAACGGACCAGCAUUGACCGCCUCAUGAAUGUCCUGGUGCUGAGUAUCUUUGGUUUUCUUGCGAUUAUGUGUUUAAUCCUGGCCAUUGGGAAUGGAAUCUGGGAAUACCAGGAGGGUGCUACAUUUGCAGCAUUCCUGCCCAAGCCAGAAGGGGUUAACCCUCCCUUCUCAGCUUUCCUCACAUUCUGGUCCUACGUCAUCAUUCUCAACACUGUGGUGCCUAUAUCCCUCUAUGUCAGUGUGGAGAUAAUUCGCCUAGGGAACAGUUUCUAUAUAGACUGGGACAGAAAGAUGUACUAUCCCAAGAAUGACACACCUGCCCAGGCCAGGACCACGACUCUGAACGAGGAGCUGGGCCAGAUCAAAUACAUCUUCUCAGACAAAACCGGAACACUGACACAAAACAUCAUGACCUUCAAUAAGUGCUCCAUCAACGGGAAGUCCUAUGGGGAGUUGUUGGACUUUGCGGGACAAAGACUAGAGAUUAAUGAGAAAACAGAGAGGGUGGACUUCUCCUGGAACAAGCUGGCUGACCCCAAAUUCUGGUUCCAUGACCACAGCCUUGUGGAGGUGGUGAGAGGGGGCAAUCCAAAGGCACAUGACUUCUUCCGCCUUUUGGCGCUGUGCCACACUGUCAUGCCCGAGGAGAAGAAAGAGGGUGAGCUGUACUACCAGGCCCAGUCCCCAGAUGAGGGCGCUCUGGUCACGGCAGCCAGGAACUUUGGCUUUGUGUUCCGCUCACGUACUCCGGAGAGCAUCACGGUGGUGGAGAUGGGAAAGCUGGUCACCUACGAGCUGCUGGCUGUUCUGGACUUCAACAACGUCCGCAAGAGGAUGUCUGUCAUCGUCCGCAGCCCAGAUGGAAGGCUGACUCUGUACUGUAAGGGAGCUGACACCAUUAUCUUUGAGAGACUACACCCCUCCUCCAAAAAUGUAAUGGAGGCCACCACCCAGCACCUCAAUGAGUAUGCUGGGGAUGGUCUACGUACACUGGCUCUGGCCUACAAAGACAUAGACCUGAACUAUAUGGAGGAUUGGAAAAAGCGCCACCAUGAGGCCAGUACCGGCAUGGAGCAGAGGGAAGAGAAGCUGGAUGCCCUCUAUGAGGAGAUAGAGAAGGGCCUGCUGCUGUUAGGAGCUACUGCAGUAGAGGAUAAGCUACAGGAUGGGGUGCCACAGACCAUCGAGCAGCUUGCCAAAGCCGACAUCAAGAUCUGGGUGCUGACUGGAGACAAGCAAGAAACGGCAGAGAACAUUGGUUACUCCUGCAACAUGUUGAGAGAGGAAAUGACCGAGGUGUUCAUUGUGGCAGGGAACACCGCAGAGGAAGUCAGAGUGGAGCUUCAGAACGCCAGGAGGAAGAUGAGACCUGAUGGACCAGAAGAGCCUACUGUCAGGAUGAGUAGGAACGGCCUCUUCUGUCUUCUGAAAAAGGAGACGAUGGAAGAUGAGCCGGUGAACGGCGAGUACGCUAUGGUGAUUAACGGACACAGUCUGGCCUACGCCCUAGAGAAAGACAUGCAGAAGGAGCUUCUGCGGACGGCGUGUAUGUGUCAGACAGUGAUCUGCUGCAGGGUGACUCCGCUUCAGAAGGCCCAGGUGGUGGAGCUGGUGAAGAAGUACAAGCAGGCCAUCACUCUGGCCAUCGGCGACGGGGCCAACGACGUCAGCAUGAUCAAGGCUGCUCAUAUAGGUGUGGGUAUAUCAGGUCAGGAAGGUAUGCAGGCAGUGCUUUCCAGUGACUACUCCUUUGCUCAGUUCCGCUACCUGCAGCGCCUCCUGCUGGUCCAUGGCCGCUGGUCCUACCUGAGGAUGUGCAAGUUCCUGCGCUAUUUCUUCUACAAGAAUUUCACCUUCACCUUGGUUCAUUUCUGGUACGGCUUUUUCUGUGGAUUCUCUGCACAGACAGUGUAUGACGAGUGGUUCAUCACCCUGUACAACUUGGUUUACACAGCUCUGCCCGUCCUGGGCUUGAGUCUCUUUGACCAGGAUGUGAAUGACCGCUGGAGUUUUCAGUAUCCUCAGCUCUAUGCUCCCGGCCAGCUGAACCAGUACUUCAGUAAGAAGGCCUUCAUCUACACUGUGUUACACAGCGGCUACAGCUCCCUGGUCCUCUUCUUCAUCCCCUGGGCAGCCAUGUACGACACGGUCCGGGAUGAUGGAAAAGACAUCGUGGACUACCAGUCGUUCGCUCUGCUCGCCCAGACCUGCCUGCUCAUUGCUGUCAAUAUACAGCUGGGUCUGGACACCUAUUAUUGGACAGCAGUGAACCAGUUCUUCUUGUGGGGCAGCCUGUCAGUGUACUUUGCUGUCACAUUCACCAUGUACAGCAACGGCAUGUUCCUCAUCUUCACAUCCUCAUUCCCCUUCAUCGGCGCUGCCAGGAACUCCCUGAACCAGCCCAAUAUGUGGCUGACUAUUCUGAUCACCUCCAUCCUCUGUGUUGUUCCCGUGGUGGCCUACCGGUUCCUGCGGAUCCUGCUCUGGCCCACCAUCAAUGACAAGGUGAGGCACAAGAUGAGACAGGAGAAGGCCGUGCUGCCUGCUGCUCCUCGCCGUAUUCAGCCCCGACGCAUCAGUACCCGGCGGUCAGGCUAUGCCUUCUCCCACGCCCAGGGCUACGGUGAUCUGGUGACUUCGGGCAGGUUCCUGCGGAGGACCCCAAGGAGCCGGGGAAUCGUCUUCUCCCACACCGACUCCCCGCUGGCCCAGGCUAAGCCUCAGCUGUAUCGCACCAUCGUUGAGGGUGAAGAGCCACCACAGAUUCCUUAGAAUGAUGAAAGGGCCCCCGGCAUACAGUAUGGUGAUCAGGUCAUUCAAGUCUCAAAAGAUUUAACAAAGAACAUUCAGCUACUGUGUGUUUCCGUGAAACACUUGUGAACAUGAGUUGAUUUCUACUGAUGAAAGAAUGAGUAAUGUUGUUCUUAUUGAAUAAAAAGAUGGAAGGACAACUACAAGCCUGAAUUAAGCGUUUCAUGCCAAACUUUCUUUCUGCGAUGGAUGUGUAAGAACGCUUUAACUGUGAACUGGGAACUCUUUGUGAUCCAGCAGAAAUGUCAUGCUGGGCAAAGUAAACAUGAUGAUCAAGGUACGACUUUCAAGAUUUUACAAAGCUGAUUUAUAAUGUUUUAUUAUAGAUCCAAACAUGUCAUGUAGUUGUUUUUGCGUUGGGUGUUAUUGGUGAGACUGAAUUUAAUAUUUUAUACAAACGCUCUUUGAAUAUUGUUCAACUGGUGUUCAAGGGAACUGUCUUUACUCAGGAUGUUGCACUUGCUUACAUGUAUUAUGUAUUACAUGUAUCAAUUAUCUGAGAUAUCAUAAGGUUAUGUCUAUAUCUGUCUUCAAGUGAUUUAUGUUGGUAGACAUUAUUUAAUUGGUUGGAUGUACAUUUUAAAAAUGUAUUUGUGAUGUAUAUAGAAAUAUUUGUUUUUACUAUGUAUUAAUGAUUGGUCUUUGUUAUAGGGCAUUAUCUAAUUGUUUUCUUAAUCAUUGAAACACUAUAAUUAUAAUUUGAAUGUUUUACUUAUUUUGCAUUCUAAGC